CAUCUUUCCAAAGCAUCCCCCAAAUGAUCAUACCCCUCUUUAACACUAUAAGACCAUCUCCUCCCCCAUCAAUUCCGCCAGCUUCUCUCUCAAGAACAACCUCAAACAAACAACCUCAAAACGACAUCCUCUUCCUCCCCCCCUGCACACGUUUCUCUCUCUUGCUCCCCAAAGAAUCCUCUCUCUCUCGAAAGACCAAGAAAAGAACACAACAGAACAGAACAGGACCGAAACAGAGGCUUCCCUCCUCGCCCUGUCCCUGCCUCCGCCGGGAAACGGGAGCUUUCCUGACUUUCCGGCGGCCGGAAGGGGGCGGAGCCGGGCCGUUUCUUGCUUCUGGGUAUCCUCCUAUCACACUCUUUCGAAACGUGGUCGAGAAAUACAAGAAAGAACGAGAAAAGUCGAGGUUCUUUCUUGCUUUCACGUUCCCCCUGCCGCGCGCGCGUUCCGAGGGAGGAAGGGAGGGAGCGAGGAUUGACAGAUGGUGAUGGCCGUCGCGUCGCCGAGGAAGUCCUUCACGGAGAAGCUGCUGCAUAGCUUCAGCAGCGCCGGCAGCAACUGCGGCAGCAGCGGCAGCCUUCUCAAUAGGAUCAGGGCCCUCCACGAGUGUCAAGAAGACGAAGACAAUUUCUUGGAAUGCGACGACAGCGACGGGAUGGAGCUGGCUCAGAUUGGCGCCGAGAGCACGAAGAACGUGCUGAUCCUGAUGAGCGACACAGGCGGCGGUCACCGAGCAUCAGCCGAGGCCAUCAAGGACGCGUUUCGGAUUCAAUUCGGCGACGAAUAUAAGAUAUUUGUGAAGGACGUGUGGAAAGAGUACACGGGUUGGCCACUGAACGAUAUGGAGAAUCAGUACAAAUUCAUGGUGAAGCAUGCCCAGCUGUGGAAGGUGGCUUUUCACAGCACCUCCCCAAGGUGGAUCCACUCCUUUUAUCUCGCUGCCAUCGCUGCCUACUAUGCCAAGGAGGUGGAGGCAGGUCUAAUGGAGUACAAACCAGACAUUAUCAUCAGUGUCCACCCUUUGAUGCAGCACAUUCCUCUGUGGGUUCUAAAAUGGCAGGGCCUUCAAAAGAAAGUGAUCUUUGUAACCGUCAUCACUGAUCUAAACUCAUGCCAUCCCACAUGGUUUCACCCCGGAGUCAACAGAUGCUAUUGCCCCUCGCAGGCAGUAGCCAAAAGGGCUUCAGAAGAUGGUCUAGAGAACUCGCAGAUUCGCGUUUUUGGCUUGCCCAUUCGUCCAUCAUUUGCCCGCGCAGUUCUUUCCAAGGAUGACUUGAGGGAAGAACUUGGAAUGGACCCAGAGUUGCCUGCAGUUUUGCUGAUGGGAGGUGGUGAAGGGAUGGGUCCCGUGAAGAAGACCGCUCUUGCCCUCGGUGAAACACUGUUUGAUGAAGUACACGGGAAACCAUUAGGGCAGUUGAUAAUCAUCUGUGGCCGAAACAGAGGUCUAGUCUCUACAUUAGAGUCCAUGGAGUGGAAUAUCCCAGUUAAAGUGAGAGGAUUUGAGAACCAGAUGCAGAAAUGGAUGGGAGCUUGCGACUGCAUAAUAACGAAGGCAGGACCGGGGACAAUUGCGGAGGCAUUGAUCAGAGGACUACCCAUUAUCCUGAAUGACUACAUUCCUGGACAGGAAAAGGGCAAUGUACCCUACGUAGUGGACAACGGAGCCGGUGUCUUCACCAGGAGUCCUAAAGAAACAGCUAGGAUUGUGGCUGAGUGGUUCAGCACCAAAAAGGACGAGCUGACAAGAAUGUCGGAGAACUCACUUAAGCUGGCACAGCCCGAGGCUGUUUUCGACAUUGUGAAGGACAUCCAUGAGCUCGCUUGCCAACGAGGGCCGCUUGCCAACAUCCCCUACAUAUUGACAUCUUCAUUCACAAGCCUCAUCUGAGCUGAACUGCACAGCAUGCGCAAUUUAAGCCAGAACGCCCUGUACAGCUAGGAAAGACUUAAGGUAGCAUCAUUGUUUCUCCUCAGGGCUUUGCAAAACAAAGCGAAGUAAGAAAUUGAAAGCCCUCCUUUUCAAGCUUCUUAUUAUCAGAAGGGGCUGGGAGGGAUUUGAUUUUUUUUUUCAUUUCUGAUAGUAUGAAUCUAGGGUUUCGUAUGAAAGUGUAGAAGGACAUUUUCCUUGUGUAUGAUAUGGCAAUUCUCUUUUAUCCCUUAAUCAAA